ACUUCCGUUGACGCUGGAGCCCAGAGGACGCUACGCCCACUGCCUGUCUCUUGUUACGUGCCUGCGCGCAGAAAACAGACACCACCAGAGGCAAAAUACAGUCGCAAAACAUGGCGAGGCUAAGCGAGCAUGGGAUUCGUCUGAGUUCCAUGAGUCCUUCCUUCCUGAACAGCAACUCUACAAGUCAUACCUGGCCCUUCAGCGCGGUGGCAGAGUUAAUAGAUAAUGCAUCAGAUCCUGGUGUGUCCGCUAAACAGAUCUGGAUAGAUGUAGUUGAUGAAGUCGGUCACCUCUGUCUAACGUUCACUGAUAAUGGCAGCGGCAUGACCCCCAACAAACUGCACAAGAUGCUCAGCUUUGGAUUUACAGAAAAGGGUUCGGGUAAGGGCAGUCAGCAGGCCAUCGGCGUGUAUGGGAACGGUUUCAAGUCUGGCUCCAUGCGUCUGGGCCGUGACGCGCUCAUCUUCACCAAGAACGGAGGCUGCCAAACUGUGGGAAUGCUGUCUCAGACCUACCUGGAAAAUAUCAAAGCCCAGGCCGUCAUUGUCCCCAUUGUCCCCUUCAACCAACAAACCAAGUCUCUGGUGGUGACUGAGGACUCAGAGGCCAGCCUGGCAGCCAUCCUCCAACACUCCAUCAUCACAUCCCACGAGCAGAUACAUGCACACUUUGACUCCAUUCGCUCCAAAAAAGGCACCAAGAUAUUAAUCUGGAACAUCCGCAGGGCCAAAGACGGCAAGCCGGAGAUCGACUUUGAGACAGAUUUGAGUGACUUCCGUUUGCCCGAUAUUCAGAUCGAGGAGCUGAAGAAAGGUCUGAGGAACAGUGGCUCCUUGAGAGCCGAACAGAACAUCCCAGACAUGCACUACAGUCUCAGGGCCUACCUCAGUAUCUUGUAUCUGAAGCCGAGGACACAGAUUAUACUGAGGGGGAAGAAGAAUCUGGCUAAGCUGGUGUCAAAGAGGCUGACACACAUUGAGCAUGACGUGUACAAACCCCACUUCAGCAAAGAGAAGGUGAAGGUGACCUUUGGGCUGAACCUGAAAAACAAAGACCACUAUGGCAUCAUGAUGUACCACAAGAACCGACUGAUUAAAGCCUACGAGAAAGUGGGCUGCCAACUGAAGACUUCAGGUCAAAGGGCAGGAAUCGGGGUCAUUGGUAUCAUCGAGUGUAACUUUCUCAAACCUGCUCACAACAAGCAAGACUUUGAAUACACCAAAGAAUACAGACUCACCCUUGGUGCUUUGGGCCUAAAACUCAAUGACUACUGGAAAGAGGUGACAGAGAAGAAGGCCAGAGAGCGAGAGUUUCAGGCUCUAGAUAGAGAUGAAAAUGAAGACAGGGAUGACGAUGUCGAGGCUCCCAUGUGGUUACAGUGUGAAGAGUGCCUGAAGUGGCGAUGCCUCCCUGGAAGUCAUUACAACUCGAUUCCUGAAAGCUGGAACUGCAGCCAGAACCCCAAUCCACAUUACAGAAGCUGCUCCUUACCAGAGGAAGCAGAAGACAGCGAGGAGCUGUUAACACCCAGCUACCAGAAAACCCACAAGAGGCAAGACCACCCCAAAGGCAGAAAACGAGAAAAAUCAUUGGAGGUGUGUAGGUUCCAGGACCAGGAACAUCACAUCUUCUCACGCAGUUCAUCAGAGCCGAGCCAGCCCACUUUCCAGUCCACACACACACCUGGUCGCAUAAGAACAGCAGAUCGAUGCCACACAGAGGAAAACACACUAGAACAAGAUGAGACAAACACAGAUCACCUGGCAGAUUAUUAUACAGACACACAUGAUGAUGCACAGACACACGGUAUGGUCACAGCUGAAGUCACACACAAACAACAGAAGCCCAUUGGAAGAGACACAGUCAUUAGAGACAAAACACAAGUCACAGAAGAACAGGUGCUUGUGGAAAAUGAGACAAAUGAUCACAGGGACAAGGACACAAACAUGGAGCUGAUGGAGAGAGAGGAGGAGAACACAGACACAUUAAGCCACAAAAGGAAAUCAGGAUCAUUAUUUUACUGUGUGAAAAAGAAGCCGUGUCUUUGGGAGGAGCAACAGCCUGACUCAGAAAACAUGGCAGAAGAGAUGAAUCCUGAGAAACAAAGAAAGAAACCCGAGACACUGUCCUUGGAGAAGACCAAGCAGGACAGCAGCAGCCAAGUAGAGAAACCAGGUGACACGGCACAGCGAAACCCCACCAGCCUCACCUGGACCCACUCACUCCCCUCCACCCAGACUGUGAUGGUGUCUCCACUGAGUCGAACAGAAGGGCCACGGAGCAGGCCGCUACCUCCAGAAGGGAGUGACGAGGAGGCUAACGUGCAGAAGCUGGCUGGGUUGGAGAAAGAGGCCCAGAAGCUACGGAGGCUUCUAGGUCUGGAAAUCACAAAGACGACUCGAGGCACAAUGACAACUGCUGAUAGCAGCGCUGAAAAGCCAAAAGGACGGCUGGUGACACCGCCAGUAUCCACAGCCAGCAGAGAGGUCGGCUGCCAGACAGACGUGGCUGAGAGCUCCUCUUCUUCCAGCAGCCGGGCCCAGGCUCCAGGACCUCAGGGGGUGGUGGUCCAGGGUCAGAAAGCUGUAUGUGGGCCGAAGGAGCAGCCUGAGCAGAACAGACCCAGGAAGGAGAGGACAGAAACUCAGAGCAGGAUGAGAGUCAGUGACAGCGAAGCCUGUGAAGACAGCAGCUGUUCCCCAAUCAGAUCGGCACAGGAGAAUCUGCAUGGCAUCCGUAACAACGUGGUGGUGCUUCUCACGGCCCUCCUGCCCCAACUGGACCUGGCUGGCAUCAGUCUGGAGACCACUGACGUAGACAACAUCCUGCAGCAGAUUGUAGAGGUCAACUCACUGAAACUAUGAUCAGUACUGUUUUCUUAUUCUUAUGUAAAGUUUGGAUUGAUAAAACUAUGUCUAACCCAAAUAUACAGUAUAUAAUUAUCUUUUAAUGCUCACUUAAUAAGUAUUGUCAUUUUCACAUUAUUGGUGGUGCUUGUGGACGAACUCUAUAUUAUAAUAUUUUUAUGUCCUUAUGUUCAUCGGUUUGAAGUCUAAAAAGAAGCAACAAUGUGCAGCUGGUUAUAGUCACUCUGAGUGCCUGAGAUUACAUUUUAGAUGUAUAAGGGCACAGCACCAAUGCUAAUAUUAGUAUACAAUGCUGAGAGAAUUCCUCUUAUACAAAAAUAUUUGAGAAAAGUACUAUUUUGCAUAGUUUUACUAUUUUGUAUUAAACAAAGAACAGUUUUACUUAACUUGGGGAAAAAAACUAUGGUUGAAAAUGUUUUAUCCAGGAGGAAUUUAAAGUCUUAGUCUUCAGAGUUGUAAUGUCAUGUCUGACACACAUAUCAAGAUUUGACUGGAUGCACACACCUAUGGCUAGUUAGUGGCAGUUUUUUGUCACAUCAUGUUGAAUACAGUGUGCCUGGUGCUCUUCUAUUUUAACUUUAACUUUGUUGUGAGCUUGCCUGCCCCAUUGCUGUACAAAUAUGAGCCUUUUAAUCUGAAAUCGUCUCUGAAAAAAGUUGUGAUGUAUCGCUGUUGUUUGUUUGGCUUCUGUUUUUGACUAUUUAAACUAGUUUUAUACACACAUGGCAUCAGAGAGUCAUGUAUUUCUAGAUUUGUUUACAUAUCCUUUUUAAACAAGACUUUUUACGUUUGCAUUAAAGUACUGAGACCA